AUGACGUAUGUUCCGUCUCAUUAUUAUCCAUUUCCUUCAUAUUAUCCGCCUGUUCCUCGUCCUGCUCCCUCCCCCGCUGACCACCCCGCCUCCAGGGUCAACAUCUCGAUCGGCAAGGCUGAUCCUGACUCGGAUCAAUCCUUGGAGUCGGACGACGACGAGUCGGUUGUGCACGUGAGGACAUUAUUCGGAUGGGCUCAUAAAACCCUCGGAUUCCGCCUCAAGACCCAGAACUGCGGCCCGCAAUCGUUCACACCACAGCUCCCGAGAAGCGUCGCGUCGCCGACCCCGCGCGCGCGCUGCUCCAAUGGCCGAGGAACCGCAUUAUGCUUCGCGACCUCCACGGUCUCGCGUGAGGCGAAGCUCCCCCCGAGUCGCCUGACAGCGGGGAAUUCGAGGACUUCCCUGCCAAUUACCCCCCUCGCGGUGCGCCUCCCGAGCGCGCUCACAGCGCCUGGCCCCCGGGUCGAUAUGCCGGGAGCUCUUCCUCCGGACCGGGCUCUAUACAUUAUCCUGGCCAUGGCCCUCCCUUUCCUCCUCCGACUGGCCCGCCAGGAAGAGAAGAUCAGCUCGUCGCACGUGGGAUGGGUGGAUAUGCUACCCCUGGCUACCCCGGAUAUCCCGGAGGCUUCCCGCAGCAUGGCGUCCCAGGGAACCCCUUCUUCGAUCCUAGACAGGCGCACGCGCAACAGGCGCGACUUGAACAACACCCACACCACCCUGGCAUGCCCCCCGGCUUCCCGCCGGGCUUCCCCCCCCACGAAAUGA